UGCGCACUGUCUCCCAGCAGCCAAUCACAGAACGCUAGUGUGCCACGUCCUCCCUAUAAAUACUAGCUAUUUCUUACAAAUAGCACAAACACUCUUCUGUUGAAACCUGAUCAACAUAUCCUCGAACUGGGCUCUACAAACUUCAAAAUGGAAGCUAUUGGCAUAUCUCUGAAGGAAGCUCUCAAGUCUGCCCAGUGUGAGGAUCGCCUCACUGUUGGUGUCUAUGAAAGUGCCAAAAUAAUGAAUGAUGACCAAGACAGUGUGUCUUUCUGCGUCCUGGCCACCGAUGUGGAGUGUGAGUGUGACAUUGCUCUCCAGAUCCACUUCACCCUCAUCCAGUCUUACUGUUUUGACAACGACAUCAGCAUCGUCAGAGUGAACGACAUGCAGCGCCUGGCCGAGAUUGUUGGUGACAAGACUGGCCAGCUUGAAGAUGCCCACUGCUGUCUUAUCACAAACUCAGCUGAUGGUUCUUGGGAGGACCCUGCUCUGGAGAAGCUGCACCUGUUCUGUGAGGAGAGCCGCAGUGUGAACGACUGGGUUCCAGAGAUCACCCUCCCUAAGCGCUGAUCUGGGACUACUCUUCUAUCUUGAGAUGCUGUAAACCUUCAACCUAUAAGGAAAUACUCAUCCUUUUACAGGAUGACACUGUUUCUCAUCCCUGGAUACUCCUGAGGAGGAUUCCGAUCCAGGCAGCGCGUGGCCAGCCCGAAUGGGCCCCCGUGAUUUCGUCAUCUCUUGUCCCGUCCAUGCCAAGAUGACUUCCAUUCUUUAUGUGAAUGAGGUCAGGUAUGUCACAAGAGCGACAAACGGCCCUCAUUCUUUGUGCGGAUGAGGUUUGGAGAGAUAGGAGAAGCGAGUUCUGCAUCCUGUGUUCCACAGAGCGAACGUCGCACGUUGAAGCACGCGCAGUAGGAGUAGAAGCGGUGCCAAGAAGAAGCAUUCUUAAGAACUGACUUUUUAAAAUGUCUUCUUGCUGAGCAGCAUAACACCAUUGCAUUCAGCGAUAUACUUCCCACUUUCCAGAAUUGUCUUAAUUCUCUAAAGGUUUCACUUUAGAUUAUUUGAAUAUGACAAAAACUAAGAAAAGAAAGAGAAAAAUAAAUUUACUUGUAAUGAUCUGAAGGUUUCACUUCAGACAUUUAAUUUGAGAAUAUAAACAAAAUAUUAUUUCAGUUGUUAUUAUCGAAAAUGUUACAAUGUUGAACUCCUGAUUAUGUCAAAAACUAAAAAUAAAGAUAUAUUACAUUUGUUGUUCUAUAAAAUGUUUUACUGUUGAAUUCCUGAUUGUCAAAAACUAAGAAAGAUGAUAUAUGAUUGAAUACAUUUGUUAUUU